AUGGACCACCUACAUAAUACUUCUACCAUUUGGGGUCUGCCAUCGACCUAUGAUGGCGACAACACGAAAUUAUUGGCUGCCCUCUUAGCUAUCACUCUCAUUGUGACAAUCCCUUUAUUCUUUCUUUUCAAUGGCGCAAGCAAGCUUCCGAUCAUCAAUCCCAAGAAGUUCUAUGAACUCACGGCUUCCCAUUCGGUCUUCGAAUUUGCUAUAGCUGGGCGGGAGCUUCUUGCAUCAGCUCGAGCGAAAUUUGGUCCCGUACCUUUCCGCGUUCACACUGAUAUGGGAACCUUCAUCAUACUUCGCCCUGAGCAUGGCGAAGAAAUUCGCAAUGAUCCCAGGUUCGGCAUUGAUGAGCCCAUCAUUGAGUUAUUUCAAGCCCAUUACGCCGGCUUUGAACCGUUCAUGGAGGGGGCUUUGCCAACGAAACCACUGCAGAACGUGGUCAAAUUCAAGAUGACAAAGUCUCUAGCCAAGAUCACGCAGCCGCUCUCCGAAGAAUGUGCUUCGACACUUCACGCAUCUCUUGGCGAUAGCGAAGAAUGGCAGCCUGUCGCUCUUGGAAACCUCAUCAUUCGCCUCGUUUCCAAAAUGUCUGGUCGCAUUUUUGCGGGUCCGAACCUUAGCAACAACGAGCGGUGGUUAGAUCUAAUCGUCAAUUACGGAGAUAACAGCAUUCAAGGGAUGCGGAAACUUCGGCUUUGGCCAACGAUUCUGAAGCCCCUGGCUGUGAAAUUCAUCCCUGAGUGCAAGAACCUGCAAGCUCAAGUCAAGGAAGCAUGGGAUCUUGUCGCUGCUGAGAUCCAGGCGCGACACGCCAAGGGCGGCGAAGCGGAGCACGAAGAUGCCAUUCACUGGUUCGAGGAGUUGGCAGGCGGAGAUCGAUACAACUUUGGCGCAUCGCAGUUGAUGCUUGCUGUGGUGUCGAUUGGAACUACCUCUGAUCUGAUCACGCAGACCUUGAUUGAUAUCCUUCGUCACCCUGAGCUGAUACAGCCCUUGCGAGAGGAGAUCGUGGCUGCUAUUUCCGAAGGUGGCUGGAAGAAGACUUCGUUAUACAACAUGAAGCUCCUUGACAGUGUCCUCAAUGAAAGCCAACGCCUGAAGCCUAACCAGAUCGCUUCCAUGUUCCGGCAAGCACUUGUCAACAUUACUCUCUCCGACGGCACCAAGGUCCCAAAGGGCCACAAAGUCGCUGUUUCGACCGAUCGAAUGCGAGAUCCGAGUGUCUACGAGAACCCGGAUGUUUUCGACGGCUACCGCUUCUUCCGCAUGCGCGCAACAGAGCAAGGAGCAGCGAGUCAGCUGGUGACCACAAGUGUGAACCAUCUUGGAUUCGGGCAUGGCGAACAUGGAUGCCCCGGUCGUUUCUUCGCCGCCAGCGAGGCCAAAGUCAUUAUUUCUCAUCUUCUUCUGAAGUACGACAUGCGCCUAGAAGACGGGACCGAGCACAACAUUCGCAAAUUUGGUUUCGCAGAGGAGUCUACAUGA